UGGCCACAAGCUACUUCCGGAUGAAACCUUCACGCGUGCUGAGAAAACCUGGGAAAUAAAAUUUAGUUUGCAAAGAACUAUACGGCGGGAAACAUGGAAAGUUGGUUGUCUGCUGUUGGUGCUGUAAGCGCUGGCUUGGUUGGGUCGGCACUAUUAGUACAUAAAUACAGGUAUGGAGAUAGAACUGUCAACUGUUGGUUCUGCAAUAAUAAAACUGUUGUACCUUAUGGUAAUGUGAAUUGUUUUGAUUGCCCACAUUGCGAACAAUAUAAUGGCUUUGAAAAGGAUGGAGGCUAUAAUAAAACUAUACCAGCACAGUUUUAUGAAGAUAUGAACCAUGUAAUGACGUGUCAAGCUAAAGAAUACCUUGGAGCUACCUCUACCUUAUGUGCAACAUGUCAACAAAAUCAGCAAUUAAAAAUACGACAGCUAUCUAUUUUUGAACCAUUAAUAGAAGAAAAUUAUGACAUAGAAGUUGAAGAAUAUAAAACCCAGUUAGAAAGAAAUUAUAAACUAUGUGUAGAGUGUCAAACACGUGUAGAUAAUGAACUAGCUAAACAGAACAAAACACUUUAUAAAAAAUUAAUAGGCACAAAAUUUGAUGAGUGUUCCAAUUUAGAUGAAACUGUAUGCUCAACAAAUGAUAUAGAAGAAACAGAAGCCAUGAGUCCAUUGUGUCAAAGACUAUUUACUGUUUGUUCUGGACUAGUGGUGUUUUUGUCAGUUAUACUAGUGUGUAAUAUGAGUUUAUAUACAGCUGUAAUAAGUCGUCAUAUACCAUCAAUUAUAUUAGAUGUUACAUAUCAUACAGUUCAACCACAUGCCUUUCCUUUAAUAGUUCUUACAACAUUCUUAACUUUACUCUCAAAAUUAAUAAUAGGUAAAAAUAGAUUAUAUAUGGUAGAUAAUAUACACUCUUUUACUUGCUUGAUAUUGUUACUCAGUAAAUCACAAUAUGUUCCAUACUGGAUGUUUCCCGAUCUUCCAGUCUUAUUAAUACAUAGUAUUUCAUUAAUAACUGCUAUCUGUUGUCUCAUAAGAUCUAGACCAUUAUCAAAUGCAACAACAGCAACAUUUAAAAGAUUAUCUUUAGAUAAAAGUAAUUCUAGUGAAAGCAGUACAGCUGUAUCAUCUGUUAGUACAAGUCGCAAGGCUGUAGACAUAGCAGAAACACAUCAAGUCAAACAAUAUAACCCUAUUCAAGAACUUGAUGGUUUGGAUUUUAAUGUCUGCUCUAUAGGCUCUAAACCAAUAGCUUCCAAAGAUUCUGGUAUGUUUUCAUGGACUGGAUCAGCAUGUAGUAUUGACACUAUUUCCAGUUUACCACAUAUAUCAUCUACUACCAGACAGAGAAGACCUUUAAUUAGUCCAGCUAAAUUACACUUUAAUGCUUCCAAAGAAAAAUCGUUUGGCCAUACAAUGAGUGCGUCAUCAAUAUCACUUUUCUCUAAUGGUGCAACAUACUGUGAGGAGAAACAGAGUUUAUUUGGCAAUACAACAGUUUCUUCUAGGCUUCCAGAAUCUGUUAACACUAUGAAGGGAAUAAAAGCACCUUCAUUAUUUCAGAAUAUGAACUCUGUCAUAAGCCCCCCUGCUCCUUAUAGUGUGUUGCAGCAGACAAAAUUAACAUCAGAGCAGACGGAUAUAUCCGAAUUUGCAGACGACACACAAUUAACAACAGAGAAACUUUCAAUGUUUAAUCUUCAGCAGUCGCUAAUCAGACCAAAAAUGUUUGAAAAUCACCAGUAUCUAAAUCGCAAUCCCUCCGUAGAUGUAAGUUCACACCCAGUGCAAAGCAGUUCUUACUCAUAUAAAACUGAUUUCAUUCCGGCACAGUGUGCUGUAGAUAGCACAACUAAUCCAGAAAUAGAACAAGAGGUGUCAAUGUCACGUGAGAGCACAUGUACAACACAUAUGAAUGAGCAUAAAGGUUUUUCCACUCAGUUUAUCAUCUUAUCAAGUGGUGUUGUAGUGAUGUUCAGUGUUGUGGUAAAUAUAGCCGUGCAUGUUGCCUGGAAACAUCUGUUUUAAUCAACAGUGUUAUUCUCAAGCAAAUUUAUCAAAGUGGACAUCAUUGGCUUUCUGUGAUGGAGAUGAUCAGUUAAUUUGAUAUUUUACAAGUUGUUUAUUUUCCUAUCAAAGGAUGACUUUUAAGAUUGAUUUAAUUUGUUUUAUCCUUGUGCCACCUUUAAAUGUUUUGUGCAUUCAGGGGCAGACUGGGCCAGAGUAGUCAGAUGUCCAUUGUCCUAGGUUGAAAAUGUUCUUUUCUUUUCAAAAUAAAUAUAAUUUUUUUACACAUCCACUUAAAAAAGUUGAAUCAUCUACUUUCGUUUUCUCAUGUCACGGAGGAGAAACCAAGAAAAUCAGUCCGCUCUUGUGUGCAUUACUUAAAAAGAAAGGAAUUAUGGAAAAUAUUUAAAUAGAUCAAAAGGUAUUAUUUGGUGUUUGAAAUGUUUGAAGACAGUGCAAUUUUAGUAAUGUGUUAUUUUUUGUAAAUGUUAUUUCUUGUGUUAUGUUAAUUUUUAAAAUGAAAUACUUACAUGUAAGUUUUUAAAUCAAAUUGUAUAUGAAUAAAUGUUUUAUAUUGGUUAAA